CGGCAUUCGAACUUUCGGACUCUUUUUUUUCUGAAAAAUUCUCCACCUGAUCGAUUUAACACAAUGGGAGGCUUACGUCGCACGCAGACUGCCGUUGUGGGGAACGACAAGGGCGGGUUGGAGCUUUCCCACGAAGCUCCAGUACCGGAGGUUAAAAACGACAUUGUUCUCGUCCGGACAAUGGCAGUGUCAGCGAACCCAGUCGAUGCAAAAAUGGUCGGGCCGUACAUGACACCAGGGGCAAUCCUAGGAUGUGACGCCGCUGGAGUUGUCGAAGCCAUCGGACCCGUCGCCGCGCAACACAAGAACAACAUCAAAGUCGGAGACAGGGUGUGUGUUGUGGUCAUGGGCAUGAACCCUCUCGAACCCACCCUAGGAUCCUUUGCAGAGCAUGUUGGCGCUCGUCCCAUCAGCGUGAUCAAGCUUCCCGAUGCUGUCAGCUUUGAGACAGGCGCUGCCCUUGGCACUAGCUUCAUGACUGCUGGUCUGGCUCUUUUCAAGAGCCUCGCUCUUCCAGGUUAUCCGCUUGCACCAAGUGCUACUCCUCUCCCUGUGCUCGUAUAUGGCGGCUCCACGGCAACGGGCACUGCCGCUAUCCAGCUCCUCCGACUAGCCGGUUUCACGCCCGUGGCAACCUGCUCGCCGCAUAACUUCGAUCUUGUCAAGUCCUACGGAGCAGAGGCUGUCUUCGAUUACCGUUCCCCCGACUGUGGAGCCGCGAUCCGCGCACACACUCGCAAUGGGCUGCGCUACGCACUCGACUGCAUCACAACAACAGAAAGCAUGCAGCUCUGCUACGCCUCACUUGGGCGCGCCGGCGGGAGAUACACAGCACUGGACCCAUAUCCACUGGCAGUAGCCGCGACGCGAAAGAUUGUCAAAGCCGAUUGGGUACUAGGGCCGACCAUGAUGGGGACAAAUAUUGGAUGGCCGGCACCUCAUGGCCGACCAGCGGAUCCGGAAGCAUACGAGUUUGCGGUGAAAUGGACAGCGACGGUGCAGGAAUUAUUGAAUAAAGGGCUUAUUCGGGAGCAUCUUCUGUCAGUGCAACAGAGUGGGUUGGAAGGCGUGUUGGAGGGGAUUGAGGCGUUGAGGGCGAAGAAAAUUUCAGGGAAAAAGUUGGUGUAUAUGAUUGUAAAGUAGGUCAUGGGUUAUGUUAGAGAUAUGAAAGACCGCUGCGCUUGCAGGCUGUCGAUCUCGAUAGGAGCUUUGCAACACGUUUCCAA